UUGCGCUAAAGUCACACGCGGGCACCCGUAGUCCGUGACGUCAUGAACCCGCAUGGCUGAUAUCGGGUGAAUGAACACAACUUUUACAAAGUUGGUAGUAAACAACAACCUUGACAGAGGAUUACUCGGUCCGAAUACACUUCAUCGGCGGUCCCUCAGAGUCCACCGUGCGGGGUCCCACUGAGGCAUGACCAUGUCCCGGUCCCGGUCUCCGGAGGUCCAGGGGUCCAGAGGGACCCUCGUCCCCCAACACCCGGAGGUCCGACCGGAGCCCCAAAUACAGGGGCUCGUCCAAUCGCGUACAUAUAGAGCCGUGCAGACCCCCAGACGAUGGACCUGCGACCGCUACUCGGUCUUGACUAGCGGGGACUCUCCCGGGGACGAGGUCACCCAGGACAUCAUCUGGGACCCCACCUCCCCCACCCAGCCCGGCCCCAGCGGGGGUUCCAGGACCACCAGGAUGGUGAAGAUAUCCGACAUAGUGAACCGCAUCGCCCCCAAGGACGUCCGGCCGGCGCCGUCGCCCCUCUUGCAGUGGAUGGGCGACUGCGGGGUGUCAUGCACCCCCGAGCCCCGGACGCACCGCGCCCGCAGGCGCUCAGUCAGGCAGAGCAGUGUGGACGGCCUGGUGGAGCUGGCCCGAGCCUUCGACCGGAACAUGGAGCGCUCCGACGACCUGGCCGCCGCCCCUCGUCUCCACGACGACCUGGCCGCUGCCCCACGUCCCCACGGCGACCUGGCUGAUGACCCCCGUCCCACCAGCAACCUGGCCGCAACCCCCCCUCCGCUUCCCCCCCCCUCCGAGUCGCAGCGGGUGGAGGCGGAGCUCCGGGCGCUGUUCGACAGCUCCACCCAGAAGGUCAGCGGGGCCCUGAGCCAGGGGGCCCUCAGCGAGGGGCCCCUCAGCCAGGGGUUCAGCGGGCUCCUCAGAAAGGGUGUCAGUGGGCCCCUCAGCCAGGGAGCCCUCAGCCAAGGGGCCCUCAGCCAGGGGGUCAGCGGGCCCCUGAGCCAGGGACCCCUCAGGCCCUCAGACCGGCCCCCGGGGGUGGCGGCCCGGGGCCCGGGGCCGGUGGUCCAGGAUUUUGAGGAUGACUUUGAGGACGACUGGGAGGACGAUGACCUAAUGGACGACUCGCUGGUGGUUGCCACGACCUCAGGGGCUCCCCCGGGGGUCGACUCCUCCUGCCCACCCCAGGGGAGGACUCCCGGACCCAGGGGCGGCCGUCCCGGACCCAGGACCCCCCAGCGCAGCACCUUCAGACUGGAGCCCAACCCAAGGUGUCUGGCACCCCCCGCCUCAAUCAAUCACAGGUCAGAGCGCCUGCCCCCCCCCGCCUCGACCAAUCACGGGUCAGAGCGCCUGGCCCGCCCCGCCUUGACCAAUCAAGGGUCAGAGUGCCUGGCCCCCCCCGCCUUGACCAAUCACAGGUCAGUGCACCUGCAGGCAGUUCAACCUGUCAAAAGGCAGCCCGUUACCACGGUGACGGCGCUAACAAUGGUGACACCAGUAACCAAGGUAAAGCCGGUAACCACGGCGAAGCCGGUAACCACGGUGAAGCCGGUAACCACGGUGAAGCCGGUAACCACGGUGAAGCCUCAGUCGAGCGCGGGGGUCCAGGGCCCCGGGGCCCCGGACGGCUGGUGGGACGAGGGCGGAGACGACCAGCUGCUGCUCCAGGUGUGUGAGGACGUAGAGAAGUUCUCCAACAGCCAGCCCUCCUCGGCCCCUCAGGCCCCUCCCUGUGGGCGGGGUCACCCCAGCACGCCCGCCCGGGGGCGGGGCCUCUCCACCACGCCGGUGGCCAUCGGCCCUGCCCCCCCGCGGGGCGCGGGCCAGCCGCUGGCGUGCGGGUACAGGCGCUCUAACUCGGCCCCGGUGGCCGGCGGGAGGGCUGCGAGCGGCCAGGGGGGGGACGUCCAGACGAAGGGCACUUGGGUCACAGCCGACCAAUCAGCUCUCUCUCAGAGCCAUCCCGGCAGCCAUGUUGGACCACGUCACCUCAGAGACACUCCCGGGACAUUCCGCCCGCAGACGGUGACCUCCAGACCCUCAGGAAACUCCCAUCAUGCAACAUUCAAGAGGCACUUCUCAGACUCCUCCGCCAUCAGCAGCAAAGCGGUGUCGACCGGUCAGGUGAGCGUUCAGUUGAUCUCCAGGUGCUCGGCUGCUGACAUCGAGAGGAAGAAGCAGGAAGCUCUCGCCAGGAAACGCAAGCGGAUGCAGAACUCCCAGAAAAACGAGACCUCCUGAAGAGCUGCUACUGUCCACUCAACCCCCAGGAGGGUGUGUUCUCGUCCAGAUCAGUGAUCGUUGCUCUGCUGGAUUAUUCCUCCAUGCUAUCUGUUUACAUUCCAGUCACAGCGGUUUUGUUUUAUUGCAUCAAACCGUCGUUGUCCGAACUCUCCCCAUGAGGUCAACCCUCCGUUGCUGGGGAUCAAGCCACCAUGUGUUGAAUAGAAUUCCAGAUGACCAGGCUCUUAAGACUAUGACAGCAUGAAGCGCAACACACCUACGGGGAUCCACAAAGUCACCAUCGUCAGGUGGCCAACAUUUCUUUAAAGUCGAUGACCAUGAGACAUCCUGCCAAAUCACUGUUGCCUUCAUAUACGUACUGCUAUGUAGCCAUGCUAGUUAGCCAUGCUAUGUAGCCAUGCUAUGUACCAACGCCGCACUUGCACUGUUUGUACUUAUCUUCGUGAUGGCUAACCCUUUUCGACCAAACCCAGAAUAAUAAAGUUAUUCCACCUU